UAUCGAAAGGGAUCAGGCGCAAGCAUUCUUAAACCACUAGAACGACCAAAUUGCCCAAACGGGCGCGCAGUCUCCUUAAUAACCUAGUUAUCUAGACGUAGACCUUGAUGUCGUCAGUGGUAUCAUCGCGUACCUGCUUUGCUUCGAACGGGAAAACGGGAUCAUGCAAAUCUGACUUGCUGUGUAUGUGUACAAAAUUUCCGUGUCUCUUCCUAGGUGUCAGCACCAGUCACACACCACAAGGCGACGUGGCUGACGAAAAACAACUACUCUGCUGGAUUGUGAGUGCAGAUUGUGUUGUUCCUGACGUUUGCAUGUGGCUUCUCCCCAAAUAUGUCGAAAGACAAGUACAGCAUAUUGCUCCCAACCUACAACGAGAAAGAAAAUCUCCCGAUCAUGAUCUGGCUGAUUGACAAAUACAUGACGGCCGGUGGGUACGACUUUGAAAUAAUCAUAAUAGACGACGGAAGUCCCGACAAUACUCUUGAGGCUGCUGAGGAGCUGCAAAAGAUUUACGGCAGUCACAAAAUUCUUCUCAGGCCGAGAGCAAAGAAACUGGGACUAGGGACAGCUUACAUUCACGGCAUGAAGAGCGCCAAUGGGAACUUUGUCGUCAUUCUCGAUGCUGAUUUGUCGCACCAUCCGAAGUUUAUUCCGCAAUUCAUCGAGAAGCAGAAACAGCAGGAUUAUGACAUCGUUUCCGGAACCCGUUAUAUAGGAGAUGGCGGUGUUUACGGCUGGGAUUUCAAGAGAAAGUUAAUCAGCCGAGGUGCAAACUUCCUAACGCAGCUUUUACUACGACCAGGAGCUUCGGACCUGACGGGCAGCUUCAGGUUGUACAAGAAAGACGUUUUAGCGAAGCUAGUCGAUGCUUGCACGUCCAAAGGGUACGUUUUCCAGAUGGAAAUGAUAGUGCGCGCUCGUUAUUUCGGCUACACCGUCGGUGAAGUGCCCAUCACUUUUGUGGACAGGUUCUACGGAGAGUCCAAGAUGGGAGGAAACGAAAUAGUGCAGUUUGUGAAAGGACUUUUAUAUUUGUUUGCGACUACCUGAUACUUUUCCAAUAAAACGAGCAUUUAAAGGAU